UGUACUUUCCUCUGCCUACUACUAGCCCUUGCGCUUUCAUCGGCUGCGCUUCCAACAUCUACACCUGAAACGAAAAUUCCAUCUCCAGCUCGGACUGACAUAGCCCAGCGGCUAAGCCCGCCAAUGAGAUCGCUGAAUUACACGAAACUUCCUCCGAAUUGCAGCGAGUCUGGAACCACCGGUACCAAAGAAUCGGUCAUCACAGACUCGGAUGUGGAUGCUAAUGAUAAACUCCCACCCAUGGAUCCAGAGAAAGGAUCGUUCUGUGUUCUCGGUGGAGGUUACCCAUACUACGGCUACGGCUAUUAUAACCCCUACAGUUAUUAUUAUAGACCAUGGUUCGGAUUUGGUUUCUUUGGU